GUGAGUGGUUCUUUAAUAGAUUGCAAACAAACAUUUAUCCAUAUACUUGCAUGGUUGUAUAGUUUGCAUAGGAAGAAACGCGUAUCCUGCCUAAAAAAAAAAAAAAAAUGUCUGAAGCACAAACAGCAUCUUCAUCUUCAUGGACUUCAUGUGCUCUUUUUUUUUUUUGUUCCAAGGCUAUAAAUUGCUACUGAUCAGUACUCUCUCAUGUGUCGUUGUCUUUACUCAGCCUGAUGAGAUUGCCUCGUUUGUCUCUUCUUCAUUUGUAAAUGCUUAUGUUCUUUCUUUGCUCUGCCCUCAAUUCUCGUCAUCGAGUACUUGCAAAGUGGGAAACUUUGAAUCAAAUAAUCACAAUAAAAAUAAAUGCAUCACAGUCAUUCCGACUCAUUUAAACACAUCACUAACGACUUUUUUUUUUUUUAUUUUUUUUAUUUUUAUUUUUUACGCUACAUCCAUCAACACGAUUCAACUUUGCCAACAUCAGCCAAACUGCCAUCUAUCUUCUACAUUCUGUCAUAGUCUCCCGGCGGAUUUUUCUCUCUACUUUUUUUUUUAUUGUUUAUUGGGGUGUACAUCACGCAGAUACACCUUGCACCUUGCAACUGACAAAGUUAUUGCCCUUCACUGAAAAUCUAUGGAUUGUAAGUUUUUACGAUGUUGUUUUACUCGGACGUAGAUCAGUCAUCAUCAAGAUUCAUUACUGUCUAGCUUCAUUUAUAGUUGUGACAACCAUGGCACCAAAGAAAUGCGACUAUGACAGAUCACAAAUUGUUUUCGGCAUCAAUAGGCUGUAUGCUUGACC